AUGUCUUUGUUACACUUGUUAUUGUUCGUGGGUUUGGUGAGCCUUGAAGCUGCUGCGGCGUCGUUUUCCCCUGGAUCGCGCUCGAUUCUCCGGGACAUCGGCGGUAACAUCGCCGAUCAGAAAGAUAACGCUGUCGAAUUAAACGCUACAAACUUCGAUUCAGUUUUCCAAGAAACCCCCGCCAAAUAUGCCAUUUUGGAGUUCUUCGCUCACUGGUGUCCUGCAUGUAGGAACUACAAGCCGCAUUAUGAAAAAGUUGCAAGGCUCUUCAAUGGAGCAGACGCAGUACAUCCUGGUGAAGUUUUGAUGACAAGAGUUGAUUGUGCAAUAAAGAUGAAUAUCAAGCUCUGUGACAAGUUCUCCAUCAAUCAUUAUCCAAUGCUAUUUUGGGCCACUCCCAAAAAGUUCGUUGAUGGCAGCUGGAAACCUAAACAAGAGAAAAGCGAGAUAAGCGUAGUAGAUGAAUGGCGCACGGCUGAUCUUCUGUUGAGCUGGAUCAACAAGCAAUUAGGCAGCUCUUACGGCUUGGAUGAUCAGAAAUCUGGAAAGGAGCACCUACUGCCAAAUAUAUCUGACCACGAGCAGAUUUCUCAGGCCGUAUAUGACAUCGAGGAGGCAACUGAAGAAGCUUUUGAUAUCAUUUUGGCACACAAGGCAAUAAAGUCAUCUGAAACCGGUGUUUCGUUUAUUAGGUUUCUGCAGCUUUUAGUGGCACAUCAUCCUUCAAGAAAGUGUCGUAAAGGAAGCGCUGAAAUUCUCUUGAAUUUUGAUGAUUUAUGCCCGUCAGGCGAAUGCUCUUAUGACCAGGAAUCUGGAGCGAAAGACACCCUGCGAAAUUUACAUAUUUGUGGAAAGGAUGCUCCGCGUGGAUAUUACAUGUUUUGCCGUGGCAGCAAGAACGAAACUAGGGGAUUCAGCUGUGGACUAUGGGUCUUGAUGCAUUCACUUUCUGUGAGGAUUGAGGAUGGAGAAAGUCAGUUUGCAUUCACGACCAUUUGUGAUUUCAUCAACAACUUCUUCAUGUGUGAUGAUUGCCGCCGGCAUUUCCACGACAUGUGCUUAAGCGUGAAAACUCCGUUUAAAAAGGCACGUGAUAUUGUCUUGUGGCUGUGGAGCACACACAACAAGGUCAAUGAGAGACUCAAGAAAGACGAAGAUUCUCUUGGAACAGGAGACCCUAAGUUCCCAAAGAUGAUAUGGCCACCAAAGCAGCUUUGCCCUUCGUGUUAUCUUUCAAGCACCCAGAAAAGCAUUGACUGGGAUCAUGAUGAAGUAUACAAAUUCUUGAAGAAUUACUACGGACAGAAACUGGUGUCCUCUUACAAGAAAAACAAUGGCAGUGUGAACAAGGAGGAGGUGGUUGUAGCUACAGAAGAGAUGGCAGUGCCCACUAAUGCUCUGGUUGUGCCGGUGGGAGCUGCAUUGGCCAUAGCACUUGCAAGUUGCGCAUUCGGGGCGCUCGCCUGCUACUGGAGGACGCAGCAGAAGAACCGGAAGUAUUACCACAAUCCGCACUAUCUAAAGAGAUAUAAUAGUAACUAUAUGGUUAUGAACACAUUCAGUAACAGUGAAAGCGAAAGAGAAAAGGAGAGAUGA